UAUAGAACCCUAAACCAGCGCCUCCUUCUUUGAGUUGUAGACUGUAUCUUCACCAAACCCUAAAUUAGGGUUUAAGCUUCAACACCAAAAUCCCCAAAUUCGAAUUUGUACCUGAUUCAACCACGUUUUCACGCCGCAACACUCUUCUGAUCUUAAGGUUUAUUUAUUUAAGGUGAUAAAAUGCUUCUACUGUUCGAAACACCGGCCGGGUUUGCUAUUUUCAAAGUGCUUAAUGAAGGAAAGCUUUCUAAAGUUGAGGAUUUACAGAACGAGUUUACCACUGCUGAUGCUGCUAGAAAGGUGGUCAAAUUGAAAGCAUUUAACAAAUUUGCGAAUACUUCCGAAGCUCUAGAGGCAGCUACUUUGCUAAUUGAUAGCAAAGCUAGCAAGGGUCUGCGCAAGUUUCUACGUGUUCAUUGUGAAAAUGAAACGUUAGGUGUUGCUGACUCAAAGCUUGGGAAUAUCAUUAAGGAGAAAUUGAAAAUCGAAUGUGUUCACAACAAUGCUGUUAUGGAGUUGAUGAGAGGUGUCAGAUAUCAAUUGAAUGAACUCAUAGCAGGUCUAGCUGUUCAAGACAUGGCCCCUAUGAGCUUGGGUUUGUCUCAUAGCUUAUCCAGAUACAGGCUGAAGUUUAGCGCCGACAAGGUGGAUACUAUGAUCGUUCAGGCUAUUGGUUUGCUUGAUGAUCUUGAUAAAGAGCUGAACACGUAUGCCAUGAGGGUUCGUGAAUGGUAUGGUUGGCAUUUUCCAGAACUUACCAAAAUCAUAGUUGACAACAUCCAAUAUGCAAGGUCUGUCAAGUUGAUGGGUAAUCGCAUUAAUGCUGCUAAGCUUGAUUUCUCUGAGAUUUUGUCAGAGGAGGUUGAGGCAGAGGUGAAGGAAGCUUCAGUGAUAUCAAUGGGAACUGAAAUUGGUGAGCUUGAUUUGUCAAAUAUUAGAGAGCUCUGUGAUCAGGUUUUGUCUCUAUCAGAAUACAGAGCUCAACUCUAUGAUUAUCUCAAGAGUAGGAUGAACACCAUUGCACCCAAUUUGACUGCUAUGGUUGGGGAGCUUGUUGGUGCUCGACUCAUUGCCCAUGGAGGAAGCCUAAUAAAUCUUGCAAAGCAGCCUGGUAGUACUGUGCAGAUUCUUGGUGCUGAGAAAGCUCUUUUUAGAGCACUGAAGACUAAGCAUGCAACUCCAAAGUAUGGUCUCAUCUACCAUGCAUCCUUGAUUGGUCAGGCCGCUCCAAAGUUCAAGGGGAAAAUUUCUCGGUCACUUGCUGCAAAGACUGCUUUGGCUAUCAGGUGUGAUGCAUUGGGUGACGGGCAAGAUAACACCAUGGGAUUGGAAAACAGAGCCAAGCUGGAAGCACGUUUGAGGAAUCUCGAAGGCAAAGAACUAGGCCGCUUUGCCGGUUCUGCUAAAGGGAAGCCCAAGAUCGAAGCAUAUGAUAAGGAUAGAAAGAAAGGAGCCGGAGGACUGAUAACUCCAGCUAAGACAUAUAAUACUGCAGCCGAUUCAGUUAUUGAACCAAUGUCUAAUUCUGCAAUGGAUGAAGAUACACCAGAGCCUCCUGUUACUGACAAAAAGAAAGAAAAGAAGGAAAAGAAAGAAAAGAAGAAAAAGGAGAAAAAGGAAGAGGAGGUUGAAGAUGUUGAGGAACCAGAAGAGGAAGUUGUUAAGAAAGAAAAGAAGAAGAAAAAGAAAGAUUCUACUGAAAAGGCAGAGGUGCAGAAUGGAGACCAUACUUCGAAUGGAGGAGAAAAGAAGAAAAAGAGGAAGAAGCAGGCAGAGGAGGAAGACUCUGCUGAGAUGCCGCCGAGCAAAAAGAAAGAUAAAAAGAAGAAAAGAGCCGAGUAGAGCGGAAUAUAUGUAUCAGCUAAUCAAUAUGGUGACUGGUAACCAUUUUUGUAUACUUCUGGAGCUCAGUAGUAGUUGUUUUGAUGUUUUAUUCGCUUUUCAUGUUGAUGCAAUUUGUAGGUCUAUGAAUCCUUAUUUAUUUAAUGGGAUAAGUUUUGUUUUUUCUGACUUCAGUGGAUAAUAUGUGGUUUAAUUAUAUAUAAUUAUUUAUGUUUGUGAAUGGAAA